UUUUGGCUAGAAUGCAGCUAGCUGUCCUGCUCUGCUGCUUCUUACUGCCUGCUAUAUGUCAACAAAUGGACAACGACUGGCUUGACCCUUAUGACAUGGUCAACUAUGACUCAAGCACCAAAACAAUGAGAAAACCUCCUGAGUCCUCGACCUUUACUGAUGUGGCAACCAAAAGAGAGCAGAAUCAAGACCCGAACCAGGCUGACUUCAUGUCCUGCAUCCAACACGUAGCGGAACUUCAGAAGCAGAUUGAAAAACAAAAUAAGAUGAUCACAGACAUUCCACAGCAACCUACAUGCAAUCCAGUGUUCAAGAGGUUCCUAAGUCGACUGUUAAAGGAAAUACAGAGCAUCGGUGUGCCCAGUGAUUCCACGGACAUCUUCUAUGAUGCAAAAGUCAAACUGUCCAAACAAGCCAUGGCAGAGAUUCAGUCCCUUCUGAAUGGUGAAGACAGAUGGAGAACAGGGGCUCUGGACAAUGCUCUGAGUCAGAUGCUGGUGGAAUUCAAACCACAUGAUUAUGAAGCCUGGAAGUGGCGUUUUGAAGACACUUUUGGCGUGGAGCUUGACACAGUAUUAAAAAUUGGGAUGUUUAUUUUGACCUUGUCAGCCAUCAUCUGCACCCAGUUGUGGUCAACAGUUUCCUGGUUUGUGCAGUUCAAGAGGAUGUUUGCUGUUUGCUUCUUUGUCAGUAUAGUCUGGAACUGGUUGUAUCUGUAUCAGACUGCCUUUGCUGGGCACCAGAAAAAGAUAGUGAAGAUGGAAAACUUCAAUGAUAAAUGUACAGGUGUGAAGAAAAUGGACUGGAGUGAUAGUCUUAAAGAGUGGUACAGAACUACCUGGACUCUUCAAGAUGAUCCCUGUGAGGAAUACUAUAAAGUUCUCCUUAUUAACCCCCUCCUUCUGGUACCUCCAACCAAGGCAAUUUCAGUUACCUUCACAACCUUCUUCACGGACCCAUUGAAACACAUUGGGCAAGGGAUUAGUGAUUUUCUUCGAGCUCUCCUCAAAGAUCUACCAGUUACCCUUCAGAUCCCAGUCCUCAUCACUAUUGUGCUCUCUAUUUUGGUGCUCGUUUAUGGAAGUGUGCAAGCUGCCUUCCAGCAUGGCAUCAUGGCUCCUCUACGCCGUCCUCGACGGGAUCCUCCUCCUCCAGAGCUGGAGCAUCCACCACGUCUUCCUCUGAGGAACGAGGACCAUCAUGUCUUGGCAGGAGGGGAUGUACCUGCACCUGCACCUGCCAUACAGCACGUCCCAAUGCACCGAGCUGACAAUGCAAGGUUAGACAGGAAUAACGUUCAUCAGAGACGGCCCGACAGGUUCAGAGAAAAACCAGCACCCAUCCGUGUUGAGACACUGGGAAAUGCUGAUCCUCGGUUUGGUGAGGAUGAGACAGAUGAACGGCGUAAGAGAAGUCCUGAGGCAGAGGAAGAGAUCUCUGCCGAGUCAGGGACGGAAGAGCAGCAGGAGACGCAAAACGAGGAAGAGGGAGCGACUGCUGCUGCAAACACAACGCAGCCAAAGAACAAACCGACUGAACCAGAUUCAUCAGAAAAACAGAAUAAACCUUUUAAAGAGGAGAAACAUUCUCAGAGUCAACCCAGAGACGAUGCAGCAGCCAGACCUCGGCCAGCAGAAAGACAGCCUCCACAGAAUAAUGUUCAGUGUUGUAGGACAACUAGGAUGGUGAAAAUGUCCCUACAGCAUAAAAUGGAUCCAGAAGUCUCAGCAGAAGAAAAGAUGGCUCCGGUGCCACAGAGACCCAUCGAGACUGUCGGAGUUCCAGUUCAGGAAACAAAUCCAGCAGCAGUGGAUUAG